UCAGCAUUCAUAUUAUCCCUUACCUUCAUCUCUUGUUGUUUAAAUUUGUGCGCCUCUACUUUUGUUGUUAAGACUAAAAAGCUAUGGCUGUCUCUACCUGUUAACUACCAGUUAACUAGUGCUAACCUGUUUUAACUACCAAUAACCAUGGUUACUAACGCCGUCUUGCCCGCCACUAACCUCUGGUUACCAUUUUUACUAGAGCUAAACCAGCUAAACCAUGAAUCCUUUUUAACCAGUGCUCUUGAAACUACACGACUUCGCCCGUCUAAUCUUUCGGACAUCUCAAGUGUUUAUUUAUCUGAUAACAAUUCAUUGUCCAGUGCUAACUUUAAUUUUAAUUUGAACAAUACUUAUAUUGAUAAUAUCAAUAAUUACAUUAAUAACAACAAUAUAUUAAACCACCAUUUAUACAUCGACUACUUAUUCAACAAUUACAAUUAUCCUGAGUUUGGCCUGAUACCUUCGAUACUUGGGAUACCAGGAUGACCUCACAAGAAUCACAACAAAUAUACUCUUCUUUCGAAGAGUUUAUGGCUGAGGACAAAUUACCUCCUGUUUUCCCCUCAUCACAAUCUUCCAAUGUUUCUGAGACUCCAGCUUUAAGCCAACAUCUCAUCUCGGAAGUUUGUGACCGCGAUAUUUAUGGACCUUUUGGAAUUGAACACGUUGAUGAUGACUUACCUUCAAAUUUUGUCAACUCAUCUCUUGCUUAUAGCCCAAACUCUUUACCACCACGAUCUCCAUCUGACGAUAGUUCACUCUACAACAUUUCUUCUGACAAUUCAUCUUCAUUCGACCCUUCGGACGAAAAUUCUACACUUAUUGACGACAUGAUGGAGUCAACUGAUGAAUUAUCUGAUGAUUUCGUGGUUGUUUCAGAUGUACCUUUACUCGACAAAGAUGAGUUGAUGCAGUAUUUAGACAACAUUGCUUUAGAUGACAUCAACGAAGACUUUGACAAUUUUCCUCAUGAAGAAUCUACUCCUUCUACUUCAUCAGUAAAUGACGACACGCCAACAUUUUUAUAUAUCAAACAAGAAGCUACUUCAUCUAAUAAUUCUAGUAUUGCACCAAAUGAAGAAGCUAUUUCAUUUAAUUCAAGUAUUUCACAAAAUGACGAAACUAAAGAAAGCUCAUUCAGUCCUGUUUGUAGCAAAAAACCUGCAACUCGAGGCAGAAAGCGUAAAUUGUUCAGCAAUGGAGGAGAAAAGAAAAAAGAUCAGAACAAAGAAGCAGCUCGUCGGUAUCGAGAAAAGAAAAAGCAAGAGGAUGCCAGACUAGAAGCUGAAGCAGAUGAGUUAUUGAUUAAACAAGCUGAAUUACGCAGAGAACUUGCUGAAAUCACCAGGGCACACUCUGAAUUUGUGAAUUUAGCUAAGCAGUUAUUGCAAUCUAAAAGGAAAAAAGAAUAAUCCCAUUUCAUUUAUUUUAAUUUUUCAGGUUAUCUUCUGUAAUUAUUUAAUUUUUGUUACCCUUGCCGUUUGGGCGACACUUUUUGCUUCUUCACUUAUUAUUACCUUAUUAUCUUUAUUAUGUCUUAAAUUAUUGUUUAAUCUCCUUUAACUCUUUUGAAUUGUAAAUUUAAAAUGUUGGCAUGAUAAAUUAAAAUUUUUU